AUCAACAGCUACAAUAACAACAAUGACAGUCUCAACUAAGUCGGCAUCGUAAACAGCCGAUGCGAAUCAUUUGAAGCAGUUAAAUCAGUUGAAGUCUAGCAGCGAACAGUAACGGUAUAGGUGUUCCGUGGCGCUCCUUCAAAGCACUCCACUAAAAUUAGUGUCGCAAAAGUGUACGUACCGCUGCACAAAGAAUAUUUUUAACCAUGAAAAAGUGAUCAAGCUCAAUUAAAAGAAAUGAUAUUAAUAAAUUAGAGACAGACAAUCAAUAAGAGUGAAUCUGAACUGAGUGAAUCCUGAAUGAAAUCAAAGGAAAACGUAACGCAAAAUUGAAAAAAAAAAUAUAUUUUUGCAAUAAAAGUAUCUAUGUGUGUGUGUAGAUGAUGAUAUAUGAAUGUUUGUAUAAAUAUAUGUGUAACGGUAUGUGUUCGUUUAAGUUAGUACUUCUGUACUGUGGCAAUACCCCGUGAGUGUAAGUUCCCGUGGUCUUAAUAAAUAAAUAAAUUCAUCAAGAACUAAAUUAAAAACUGAAUAAGAAUAAAAUCAGUGAAAGAAGUUCAGAAAAUAUAAAUAGAAGCAGCAAAGCCAAUGUAUCAAAAUUUAAUAAAAAAAAAAAACAAGUGAAAAACACACAUGGGAAAUAAGAAAAUGUAAAAACGUAAAUUAAUAAAAAUCAGCCGCUACGUAUUACACAUUAUUUUUAGCUUAUCAGCACAUAACAACAAAAACAAAACAAAAACGCUAAAAACCGAAAAACGUGCAUUCGCAGAGAGAAAAAAAUAAAAUAACAAAUAAAACGAAAACGAAAACAUCGAAGUGUCAUAAACAUCACCAUUUUUACUAAACACACAUGUACAUACUAUACAUAUAAACAUUGAUAUAUGUAUGUAUAUAGUAUAUAAAGUCAAAAACAUAUCACAAUAGUUUGGUGCAGUGCUUCAAUACCUUUUCGUCACGCACAGUGGUACACAGUUGUCUAAAACGGAAUUGCAAAAAUCGGUGAAAUAUCAAUUUUGAUCUAUGGAAUUUUGUAGAGCGAUUAUACAUGAAAUAAACAUAUUAGAAAAGCGAACGCAUUCUUGGGAAGUUUUAAGUCUUUGAAGUCCACAUAGCAGCACAACGCACACAACAUUUGGACAUCAAAAGUUGACAAAGUACAGUGAAUGGUUUGUUUUGCAUAGGAUAAGCAAUAUAUUAUCCCUCAGAAACGCCGUCACGCACAUAAAGCUAAUUUGCAAAGUCAUACAUUUGACAUUUUCUAUAAAAUUUGACGAUUUGACGCAGCAAACGCCGCGCUUCCAUCCAUCACGUUGUUGCAUAUACAAAUGAGUAGCAAAAACGAAAAUAAAGUCAUUACAGUUAAGACAUUACAGCAACGCAUUGAAGAGUUGAGCUUCAUCAACAUACGACGUGCGAUCUUCACCUUCAAGCGCCUCAAUCACAACCCAGAUAGCAACGGCCGCGGUGGCAUUACGACAGACUUAAGACGGAAAAACUCGGCGAACUCCACCAACGGAACAACAGCAGCGAUAGUAACAUUAUAUGAUAGUAAACGGUGCCAACAACACUAACUAAACCAGAAACACCAGCAAAACAGCUGAGUUGAAAGAGUAAACACACACGAGAAAAGCUGGGCUGGGCCACCGGCAGUAGCAAAAUUGCAAUUGACAGCUGCAGCAAAGUAAAGCUGAGCAAAGAGAAAUCGGUGCAACGGUGCAACGGUGGAGCGAAGCAAGCUGAUUGAAAACAAACCAGUUUGACGAUUUGCAAAGCAGCGACGUGAGGUGACGAUUGUUACCGAAUUCUCAACUGACAUAGAAGGUUAAGGAGAGAAGGGAGGAUCCGAAGAAAGACGGUGAAAAAGUGCCAAAGAAAAGCUUUCGAAUAAGGCAAAGGUGUGAAAAUCGGUAUACAGUUAAAAUAAAGUUGCAAAAAAGUGCAGAUAACUCAGCAACAAGCAAGAAGCAGCAAGCGCAACAGAGUCAGGUAACUAAGCCGUUGUAACGGUUCAUUGCAAUCGAACAAGCAUAUGUAACUGCCAUAAAAGUGGGCGAGGAGCGCCACACGUGGAGUACGAAUAGCUUUCGAGCGAUCAGCUGUCGGGCUGUUGGGGGCACAGAUCACUGAUCAUCGGCCGAUAGUGAAUAAGUUGGCACGUGUCAGAAGUUCGUAAAUCACAACGAUUUUAAUAUACAAAUACAAUACAGGUUGUCAAUAAAAAACAACAACAAAAGCAAAAAAGUCACUGCCUAUUUGACCCCAAUAGCAAAACUACUGUCGCGUGUUGCUGCAGAAUUGCAUAGCUACAUAUAGCAGCGGCAACGACACUAAAUAAGGUGACGAAGAAGUUAAAUAAAAGAAGUUGGACAAGCGGAGAAAUCUAAUUGCGCAUGAACACAGAAAUAAUAAAAAUCGAAGAAAAUCCAAAAAAGUUCUGCAAACUCACUGUUUCGUGACAAUACGGUGCAGCAGCGUACGCAAAGCAGCACGUUUUGACAGCAGCGAGUUGGUUCGCCCGACCUGGCCCUCGUUACGGUGUGCAGCUGUUCAGAGCGGCUUUUUAAAGUUGUUCCACCUGAACCUGAUUCGCCGCCAUUUGUAGCAAGUUACUGUCGUUGUUGUUGUUGUUGUUUUCGUUGUUUUUGUUGUUGUUUGUAAAGGUUAACUACUGAUUGCAAUACAAUCGCACGUGUUGUCAUUUAAAGCUUUAUUUUGUUCACCGAACCAUCUCGAUUGCCUUUUCGCACCUUCUCAAUGUUUGAUUUCUGCGCAGAUAUGGGACAAAUUGGACAAGACUGUUCUAAUCAAAAUUAUAAUAUGGAAGAACUGGAGUUGGAUCAGGUUUCGCAGGUGAUUAAUUAUCAUCCGCGUUUCCUCGAUCAUUUUCUGCGAACACAAAACUUCAUUAUGGACGGUGAUGGACCCCUGCCAUAUGACUAUCGUUACUAUUUGGCUAUAAUUGCUGCAGCCCGCCAUCAAUGUCCAUAUCUAGUGAAAAUGUACGAGAAGAAGUUCAUCAAUCAGGGCGGCAAGGCCGAGUGGCUUAAUGGCUUAGAUUAUAUUCCAUCAAAAUUACGUGCCAUAUAUGAUAUCAAUAAAAUACUGGCCCAUCGACCGUGGCUCCUGCGUAAAGAGCACAUUGAGGGUCUCACCAAAGGCAAAAACAGCUGGUCGCUGUCUGAGGUUGUGCACGCAAUGGUGCUGCUCUCACAUUUUCAUUCGCUGUCUUCCUUUGUAUUCUCCUGCGGUCUCACACAGAAACUGGAUGGUCUGUCUAGUCCGAAAUUGAAGACUGCCCCGGCAAUAUUGCCCACCGCGCAGCAGCAAUUGCCGACGAACCAACCGCUGCCACAACAAACACCCCAACAACAAAAGGCUGUCCUAAGUGAGAUAACGAUCAACAAUAACAACAACGUUCUAGACCAUAGCAACCAUCAGGUGUACAAUAAUAACGUGCAAAAUAUUGGCGGCAGUACAUCCAUGCCCACUGACAUCACCACAAAUGGCGCUAUCAGUAAUGGCGUCGCUAAACAUACACCUUCCGGCUCGCCCCAACCGAAUGUGCCCGUCGAGGCUCUGGUCGAACGCAUGAAAGUGCUCUCACAAAAGCAUGAUGAGUGCAGCGAAGCAGAGCUGAGCAACCGUUUCAAGAGUGUUGAGAUGCAAACCGCAGAAUUGCCCGCCGCCGCGCAUGAAGCCACCGCCGAAGUGCCACCAAUCAUCUCGCACUACAUCGAGGAUCCCAACUUCACCUAUCAGGACUUUGCGCGUCGCGGUGCCGAGAAUAUACCCACCACCUUCCGUGUUCAAGACUACUCGUGGGACGAUCACGGCUACUCGUUGGUCAAUGGUCUGUACAGCGAUGUGGGUACUCUAUUGGAUCAAAAAUUUCGUGCCGCCUACAAUCUGACGUAUUUCACCAUGGGUGGCUACCGCAAUGUGGACACCUCGAAAUUCCGUCGGGCCAUAUGGAAUUACAUUCAAUGCAUCUAUGGCAUACGCCAUGACGAUUACGAUUACGGUGAAGUGAAUCAGGUGAAUAAAUGCUUAUUGGACCGUCCUUUAAAAAUGUUCAUAAAAACCGCCUGCUGCUUCCCAGAAAGGAUUACCACCAAGGACUAUGAUAGUAUACUCGUCGAACUACAAGACAGUGAAAAGGUCCAUGUUAAUCUGAUGAUAAUGGAGGCGCGCAACCAGGCCGAAUUGCUUUAUGCGUUGCGUGAAAUAAUGCGCUACAUGACAUGAUCUCAUUGUGAUUAAGCAUACAAACACAUACAUACAUAUAUCCAUAUUUAGGAAGGGAGGAGAAAACAAACAUAUUACGUAUGAUUACAUAAAUAUAUAGUACACAUACACAUACACAUACAUAUAUAAAUAUAUACAUAUACAUACAAUUUUAUAUGCAGUAAACACAGAGAAAGUACUAAUCCUACACAAAGGAAAACAAUUGUUUUACCAAAAAUUAAGCCAAUUAAAUUUCAGUAAUAGUAAUUGCUAAGUAAAAGGAACACACCAACACAGUUAGUUUGCCGUGAAAAUAAAAAUUAUAUAAACUCGUCACUAUAACCCUUUGCGACACACACAUAUUUUUACAAAUAUGAACACAUACACGUACAUAUGUACAUACAGAAGCAGAUAGUUUAAGCCGAAGUAGAGAAAACAUAAAAUUGUCCAAAAGUUUUUUCAAGUAGUUAAAACAAAAACCUAAAACAAAAACUUAAACUAAAACAAUGUAUAGUACUGUCAUUAUCAACGUAAAAAUGAUUAAAUAAUUAGAUAAAGUAAAGAAAAUAUAUUUUAAAAUUUUACAAAUACAACAUAUACAACAAUUAAAAAAUCGUAUCUGUGUUUUGUGAGGAGAAAGAUGGAGAGGGAAAAUUUGUUAUUAUUAGUCAUAUUUUACAAGAUGUAUUCUGUGAAUUAAAUUUUAAUUGGUAUAAGAAAAUCAGUUGUAGCGAAAAAGUAAGCGUUGAUUUGUGUGUUUGUAUGUGCAAGAAUGUUCUAAUUGGCAAACAAAUUAUAUUGUAACGCCUAAUUGUGUUGUUAAUAGUUUUUUAUACUUAUGAUAAAUAUACGAUUAUUAAAGAAACAAAAACAAAAACAUAAGAAAACCCAUAUGCAUAUACAUUAUUGUUACAGGGCACGGCCGAUGCCGAUCGCAGUUGAUUGUAUUCAUUUCCUUUGUAGAGUUUAUAAAGUUACUUGUUACUUUUUAAAAAGAAAAUUAAAGAAAGCAUAAGUGAUUUUAACAAAA